CCCGAUGCCCACCUACCGCGUAGACGCUGACAAAGGCUUCAACUUCUCCCUCGCAGACGACGCCUUCGUGUGUCAGAAAAAGAACCACUUCCAGGUCACUGUGUACUGCGGCAUGCUGGGAGAUCCCAAGUACAUCAAGACCAGCGAGGGCCUGCAGCCCAUAGACAGCUUUUAUCUCAAACUCAACGGGGUCAAGCUGGAAGCAAUGAACCAGUCCAUUAACGUGGAGCAGUCCCAGUCAGACCGCAGCAAGAGACCCUUCAAACCAGUACUGGUCACACUGCCCCCGGAGCAGGUUACCAAGGUAACAGUGGGACGCCUACACUUCAGCGAGACCACAGCCAAUAACAUGAGGAAGAAAGGCAAACCCAACCCUGAUCAGAGGUACUUCAUGCUGGUGGUAGCGUUGCAGGCCCAGGCCCACAGUCAGAGCUUCACGGUGGCCGCGCAGGUGUCCGAGAGGAUCAUCGUCAGGGCGUCUAACCCGGGUCAGUUUGAGAGUGACAGUGAGGUGUUGUGGCAGCGCGGUCAGCUACCUGACUCAGUGUACCACCACGGCCGGGUCGGUAUCAACACCGACCGGCCAGACGAGGCCAUGGUCAUCCACGGCAACCUGAAGGUCAUGGGGUCACUGGUGCACCCUUCCGAUAUACGGGCCAAAGAGAAUGUCCACGAGGUGGACACUACAGGCAACCUGAAGCGGAUCAGUCAGAUAAGGCUGGUUCAUUAUCAGUACAAGCCUGAGUUUGCUUCCAGCAUGGGCAUCGACUCCAGCCCAGAGACUGGAGUGAUAGCUCAGGACGUGCAGCAGAUCCUGCCUGAAGCUGUGAAGGAGGGCGGAGAUGUGAUCUGCUCUAACGGAGAGACCAUCCCUAAACUACUGGUGGUUAACAAGGACCGUAUCUUCAUGGAGAACGUAGGAGCAGUGAAAGAGCUGUGUAAACUGACUGACAACCUGGAGACUCGUAUAGAUGAACUGGAGCGCUGGAGCAGGAAGCUGGCCAAACUCCGCCGUCUGGACAGCAUGAAGAGUACCGUCAGCGGAGGCACCACCAGCCAAUCAGGAAGCCAGUUCAGCAGGACAGGAAGUGUCCCUCUGAAGAAGAAGAAGACAGUCAAACCUGGGAGCAAGAGUCUGACCCCUGAGCAGGGAUGUAUCAGCCACAGGGUGAUGCAGGGAAUCAUUCUGGCUCUCGUCGUCGUCAUGACCUUCAGUGUCAUCUCCAUGUCUGUCCUGUACGUGUUGACACUGCACCACAGAGGCGACGUCUCUGAGAAGGCUGGGUCCAGGUCUGCAGUGGGAUCAUCUAGAAGGACGGCCUCCGGUCCUCGAUCCACCACCCCGACACUUCCAGAUACAGUCCCGCCCUCUCCUUCACUGUCCAAUCCUGCAGCUUGCUGCCCGCCUACAACUGCUACAAACAACCAAUCAGCAACUGCUCUGUCGCCAAGCAACAACCAAUCUACAUCGGAGCUGAGUAGUCUGGGCAGUAUCAACAAGAAGGCCAAGUCCAGGCCUGUGGACAAGGACGGACGCUACCGGAACCGUCUCAGCCACACCUCCGCCCCCAUGUACCUGUCCAAGGCGAAGAGACCUGCCCCUGCCCCUGCAGGAGACCUGGAGGUUGUAGGGGGGGCCACGAACCGGCUGCCUGGACCGGGUGGGCCUGGAGGCCAACAGACCCUGCCUCGGAGACAACGCCGGGACAACACACACAGCAACACAGAGGAGGAAGCAGGGGAAAUAUCAUCCCCUUCCUUUAUAGAUCUACACAUCCUGGAGACAGACCAACACAUCUCAUCACACAACUGUCCCCAUCCUGACAGCUGCAGCUAUACCGUACCACUCUCAGCAAUCAAGAACUCUUCCAUGUCACAGAUCACUCUACACAUGAUUUCCAGCGCCAGCGUGUGGGUCAGACAGUGUGGCGCCACCAGAGGACGUCUGUGUCCUGACCACACAGAGACAGAGCUUCACGCUGGAGAGAAAAAAGUAACUGAGGGGACAGAUCACCUGUGGCCAGUAUCUGUCUUGUCAUUCCAGGACGUGACCUAUCACUUCAGAGUGGCCGAGUCUAGUGAAGUGAGGUGUGGCGCAGAGGAGGAGAAUGUAUCCAUCACACCACCACCAUACUCUGACUUCAACUUCCUCAUUCAAAGCAGCUGCGCAUGAGAGGAGAGGGAACUAAGCAUGCAAACUAGUGUGCUUGCUUUGAAUCUAGCCUAUCCCCUGACUCAGGGUUUCUUAAAGGGGGGAGGCCCUUUUGUCUACGUCCCCAGGGUGAACCCAUUUUUAUGUCUCUCCGUCCAGUAUGAAGUUAGAGGUAGUUUUGCGAGCCAAUGCUAACUAGCGUUAGCGCAAUGACUGGAAGUCUACAGGAACAGCUAGCAUUCUAGCUGUUCUCAUAUAGCUCAAUGACUGGAAGUCCACAGGAACAAUUUAGCGACUUUCUUCAUACUGCACGCAGAGACAUAAAACUUGUAUUCACGAGUUCAUCUGGCUCUGGGGAAGUAGAUAAAAUCCCAACUAUCCCUUUAACUACUACACCUCCUAUUCCAUCCCCCUCUCUCUCUCUCUCCAGAGUUAUCAGUCUCUGUCUCUGUCUCUGUCUCUGUCUCUGUCUCUGUCUCUGUCUCUGUCUCUGUCUCUCUCUC